AUGGACGAACACUCUCAUUUGUACGAAGAGAUCCAUGAUCUAACGACGCUCAUCUCCUUGAUUUUCAAGAGACCUCCAUAUCUUGAAGACAACUGCGAAUCUCCGAGAGCUUGCGGCGGCGAUGUUGUUCGCGACUCAUCGCCAUUCGACGGCCCUGCAGACGGAGAAAAUGAGGGAAUAGAGCCAGUGGAUGAAACAGGAUUCGAAGAUGAAAUAGCCACAGGCUGGUCGGAGGCAUAUCUUGCUACCCUGAAGCCAAGCAUGUUAGAUCGCCUGGCUGAAAUGCUGGCCCGAUUCAAAACUACCAAAAAUGGAAAAGCACGGGGGAAAGCAACAAAUUCCGAUGCCAAACAUGUGACAAGUGUGGCUAUGCUGGAAGACCAUAAUCAUGAGCGCGUGGCAAUCUUCUGCUCCAAGAACGAAGGUCUUGACGCUGAUGAUGAACGAUUCUUGAAAGGUUUGAGUAUACUUUUGAAGAACAUCUCAGGAAACAGGGAUAUAGAAGACCAUCAUCUCGACUCGGUAUUCGAUAUCGUGUUCAAUCACCAAGUGCCUCGCGUGAAGUUCUACUCAGCCGUUCUUCAGAGUGCGUUUAAUCAGGCUUCUCAAAUCACCAUGGAAAAUACACUGACAGAAGAGGUCAUUGAACACAAGUUUCGGCGUCAACUCCAGCCGCGGGAAUGGGAAGGUCUCCGCGUCAGCUUUAAUACUGACGAGAUGGGUGAGACCCCAGCUUCUGAAGAGGCUGUUGACUGGCUCUCGGGCCAGGCAACCAACACAGCCAUCGCAGAGGUAUUCCAGAAAGCACAACGUCUCUUCGGGAGCACAAACCCAAGUCCUUUCGAUUCAUGUGGAAUGAAGAGUUUCUUGAGGACUCUCUAUGCCAUCUUACGACACCCGAAGCAGCGACCAGCCUUGAAGAACUCCUUCAGACAGCCAUUCCAUGGCAACGGAAAGAUUUUUCGAAGAGCCUGGGACACCCUGCUCUUCUUGGAUCGCAUCUUCCACGCCGCAGUAACCUUCGUGGAGUUUGCAUCAAACAAGUAG